GUAAAGCAAUACUCAGAGGAGAAGCUUUGUUAUGUAGGCAGUGAGGCCAGUGGUUUUGUGUUGUUAAUAACAACCAAAAAUAAAGUGUGCUGUGACUCUGGGUGUGCUGAAAGUGCGGGCGCGAAUGGAAUGUCCCGCGAGCGGAGGCAGCGCCGAGAGGAAGCAGCUGCAGCUGGUCCCCAUGCUGCCUGGCCAGGGUUUGAUCCUAUGAUGGAGGAAGACAUGGACUGACCCAGGAAACUGAAGCUGGUUGGAUUCAUGAGGGACGUAUAAGGGUAGCUGUGGGUUGUAACCAACACCUCUUUGAUUAUGGCGUGACUAGUUUUGCACUCAGUAGACUAGGGAUUGUGACUGGACUUGCGAAUGGACAUUUGUCCACAUGAAUGAGAGCCACAAUAGCUUCCUAACCAUUAUAUAGACCCCGUUUUCAGUUAAAGUCAUCGAGCCAGGUACUUAUCCAUCAGUGCUUAACAUUUGAGGCAUUCUUGAUUUUUAUUUUCAUAAAUCAAGCUCUGGAAAGUUAAAAAAAAAAAAAAACCUGAAUGAAAUAGUAUGUCGUGGUGUAAAGAAAACCGUACAGAUGUUGCCCUGUGGUGGAUUCUCUUAAUUUUUAUUGUGGUAUAAAUGGAACAGCAGUUGUUCACAGGUACUAAGUGGGCUGUGGGCCAGUACCACUAAAGCUUUCAGUUCCAACCAAGUUAGUUGACUUUUGGUUACUUUUUUUUUCCUAUUAAAAUUUCAUUAUAAGAAAUGCCCUCUGAAUUCACCAAAGACUAGUGUCACGCUCGUAAAAAUCAUUUUGCCAUGUUAGAAGACGCGUUUUGGGAAGAAGACAUCUGGGAAUAUAAAUCUAAAAGAAAACCCAAACCAGUACAUCCAAAUAGUUGUUCUGAAAAUAUUUCGGAAUCUGUUGAAAAAGCAACAGAUGGAAAAUACCAGUCCAAAGGAAAAGGAAACAAAAAGAGAACUUCAGAAAAUCCUGGCGAGACGAAGGACAAUCCAGUGUGCCUUGCAGAAACAAACAGUCAGAUUUCUGCAGGAUCCAGCCAGAAUUCAAGCUGUAGAGAUGACGUUCAGCAGUCUCAGAGCAAAGAGACAACACCAAAAAAGCAAUGUAGAACAAACAGAGGCAAGCAGGCAACCCCAAAGGUGCGCCCGCUUUAUGAUGGACACUGCCCUAGCUGCCAGAUGCCCUUCUCCUCAUUACUAGGUCAGACGCCCCGGUGGCAUGUUUUUGAGUGUUUGGAUUCUCCACCGAUCUCUGACACAGAGUGCCCCGACGGCGUGCUGUGUAGCUCCACAAUUCCUUCCCACUAUAAGAAAUACACUCACGUCCUGCUUGCUCAAAGUCGAGAUAGCAAGGAGCCCCUCAGCCCCUCGCAGGCGUUGGCUGGGCGCUUCGCUGCAGCACAGCCAGAUUCUUGUAACCUUGAGGAAAGGCGGUCUGUGCUUCCGAAAACUGAGAACUCAAGAAAAGUGUUAGAAGAUUCUUUGUUGAUGAUACAGUGUCUAAAAACAUCCCAGCCUCCAGCUGAAACCAACAGGAAGAGUGCCUCUUCUCCACGUUCCCAAAAGUCACUCGUUCCACAGCGUGCAGAGUUUGUUAAGGGAGACCAGCUGGUGGGAGGCGGAUCUCCCCUUGCUGAGGUUGCCCUCAACAGCCAAAGCGAGUCAGGGAGUACUGGUUUGCCGCUGCCAGAAAAUGGCUGCGGCGACUUCGAGAUCUCUUACUCUCCGCUGCACAGUGACGAGGAGACUUACGACGUCGACCAAGAGCUGGACGACUCACAGCAGGAGCUGUUUUUCACCCAAAGCUCUAAAGACAGCAGCCUAGAAGAAGAUGUCUCUGCCACGUUCGAAAACCUUCAUGGUCCCUUCCCAGAGGAAGCAGAGGGGAUCCGGCCCACAGCGAAGACCCUGGCCGCUCAGGCUGGGUGUAGUGCGCUGAGUGGAGGCAGUACAGGAAAUGACUCCUUCCAGCUCAUCUCCCGCACCUCGGGUCGGCUUUCCCGAGAGGACCCAUCAGAUACAGAUGCCGCCUUCCUCUUGCUUUCACCUGCGCAGUCGGCAGUGGGAGGCGCUACUCCUAAUUGCCAGACCACCAAGGCAAAGCCAGAAAAAUUCCACUCACUUGCAUCACGUCAUCAGCAACAGAAGACUGAAACGUCAGCCGUCGGCAGUCAGACCUCGCUGCCACUACUUCUAAGUGCCAUGUCAAAGCCACUUGAAAAGGAGGGAGGCGAGUGUCUGCCUUUGCAUCCAACCCAAAGUCAGAGGAGAGGUUCAUGGAGUAAGGGCUCGGGUGCUCCAGGUGCUAACUGUGCCUGCCCGAACACACAGAGACCCUCUAGCACCCCCCUUAACAAGUCAUUGAGCACAGCGCCUUCCAGCCCCAAGGGCAGUGCAAGCCAACCUUCUAAGAAAGUAAUGAAGCAAAUGGACAUAGGUGUGUUUUUUGGACUGCCACCCAAAACACAAGACACAUCACCAAGGGAAAGAGCGUCAGAAGGGCCAAAGGCCAGUCCAGUUGUGAGUCCCAGUGAAAAGAGGCCCCGGUUGUGCAAGAGGAAAGCGCAGAGCUCCCUAAGUGACUUAGAAUUUGAUGCAAAGAAUUUAAAUGAGAGCCAGCACUCUAUGGAACUGUCUGGAGAGAGGGCCCAACAUCGAAGAAAGAGACAUAAAAAGUCCAAUUCACCACAGGAAGGAACAUACCAGGGAAGGUCAGGUCACCUCACUAACAAUCCAGAGUUGGGAGCAGUCAGCUUGAGGAGAAGCAAAGCCUUUGCAAGACGGACUCCCGGCAGGACGCAGAGAGGGGCCGUGAACAUUUCCGCGUCCUCUGGUGGAGGGGAAUCGAGGAGAACAUGUCCGUUCUAUAAGAGAAUCCCCGGGACUGGCUUCACUGUGGAUGCUUUUCAGUAUGGCGAGAUCGAAGGCUGCACCGCCUACUUCCUCACACACUUCCACUCUGAUCACUAUGCUGGGUUGUCGAAGGACUUCGCACGGCCGGUCUAUUGUAGCGAGAUCACUGGCAAUCUGUUGAAGAAGAAGCUUCGUGUGCAGGACCAAUACAUACAUCAGUUGCCAAUGGACACUGAAUGUAUAGUGGACGGUGUGAAGGUUGUUUUGCUGGAUGCCAAUCACUGUCCAGGUGCUACCAUGAUCCUUUUCCAGCUUCCUAAUGGUGCCGUCACACUGCACACUGGAGACUUCCGAGCAGACCCCAGCAUGGAACGCUCUCUCCUUGCCGGCCGCAAAGUCCACACACUGUUCCUAGACACCACAUACUGCAGCCCAGAAUAUACCUUCCCGUCUCAGCAGGAGGCUAUCCAGUUUGCCGUCAACACUGCCUUUGAGGCUGUAACUCUAAACCCACGUGCCCUUGUUGUCUGUGGCACGUACUGUAUUGGAAAGGAGAAAGUCUUCCUAGCCAUUGCCGAUGUUUUAGGUUCAAAGGUGGGCAUGUCCCAGGAAAAAUAUAAAACUCUGCAGUGCCUCAAUAUACCCGAAGUCAGCUCCCUCAUUACCACAGACAUGUGCAACUCUCUGGUUCACCUCCUCCCCAUGAUGCAAAUCAAUUUUAAGGGUUUGCAGAACCACUUGAAGAAGUGUGGUGGGAAAUUUGAUCAGAUUUUGGCUUUCCGACCUACAGGAUGGACACACUCUAACAACAUAAGGAGCAUAGCAGAUAUUACUCCCCAGACAAAAGGAAACAUAGCAAUAUAUGGAAUCCCCUAUAGUGAACACAGCAGCUACUUAGAAAUGAAGCGUUUUGUCCAGUGGCUGAAGCCACAGAAAAUCAUACCCACCGUAAACGUCGGCACCUUUCAGUCCAGGAACACGAUGGAGAAAUACUUUAAGGAGUGGAGAUCGGAAGCCGGAUACUGAUGCCGUCACAGACGUCAGCUGGGCUCCAUACAGCAGGUAUCAAUAAUGAAAUCCAAACUGAUGUGCAGCACGGUCCCUGAGAACAAUCUCAGGGCCGCAUUCCUCAUUUGCUUUGAACAGUGACGUACCCGAGGUGCUGGGCGCCUCUCAGAGCCCCCAGGGACAGCUGGGAGUAGCUAUUCCCUUUCUUUCUUAAUCUCUUCCCCCAUGGAGGCAACAGUCAUCUGCAGCAAACAUGGACACCAAAUACAGAGCAUUAUCUAUGUAAUUGUGAAAUGUGAAAUAAAACUUUUAUAUAAUAUGUAUUCUUAAAUAAAAUUUAAUAUAGAACUUA